UGAAAUUUGAUGUUUUUUUUUCUACAGUUUUCUUCCGAAAAAGAAAAAUUAACGCUUUCUCGAUUUCUUGUUCCUUGCUUCUUUUCUUCUCUCCGUGAUUCAUGCUUAGUUUAGCAUCCCUGUUUAAAAAAAUUCACGAAUUAGGGUUUCCGUACAAAUCACUGUUUGAUUUUAGGGGUUUUGGUUUUUAAACAGUUGAGAGGCUGCAGAUUAGGGUUUUGUGGAAAUGGAUUGUGACCAGCACAAGCUAUUCGUUGGAGGCAUACCAAGAGGCGCUAGUGAAGAGUCUCUGAAACAGCAUUUCAGUAAAUACGGAGCUGUUUUGGGAGCUGUUGUUGCUAAGGAGAAAGCCUCUGGAUGCCCCAGAGGGUUUGGCUUUGUUCGCUUUGCUAAUGCUUAUGAUGUUGAUAAAGCUCUCAGAGACUCUCAUAUCAUCCUCGGUCGUUCCGUCGAUGUGAAAAAGGCGAUUCCGAAGCAUGAACAGCUUCGAUAUCAGCAACCGUACCUGCAACUAUACGAUAGUAAAGCGCAACAGAACAACAAUGGUGGUAACAUCAGCAACCAUAGGACCAAGAAGCUGUUUGUUGGGGGAUUAUCCUCCGAGACGACAGAAGAAGAGUUCAAGACUUACUUUGAGAAGUUUGGCCGGACAACGGAUGUGGUUGUGAUGCACGAUAGCGUGACAAACAGGCCAAGAGGGUUCGGUUUUGUCACGUUUGAUUCAGAGAACUCUGUUGAGAUGGUGAUGGAGAGUCCUUUCCAUGAGUUGAGUAAUAAGCGCGUUGAGGUGAAACGCGCGAUUCCUAAAGAAGGAAUACAGAGCAAUAACAGGAAUCAUCGUAACAAUCUUCCUACAUAUCCGUAUGUCCCUGAGAGAAACGGGUAUGGGAUGCUUGUUCAGUAUCAUCCCGUCUUUGGUUAUCAUCAAGGCUUUAACUAUCCUUAUAGUUACCCUUUCACAGCUCAAGGACCUAACGUUCCAUGGAACAAUCCGAUCAUACCAACCGCCGGAUUUUACUGCGCUCCUCCUCCAUACAUGAACGGGUUUGAUCUUUCUGGUAUGAGCAUUGGUGGGUUCAGUGCUGUGCCAUGGCCUUUAGCUGGUGAUGCGAUAAUACCUCGUUUAGAAGAUUUGAAGCUUGAGGUUGGAGGAGAUAACAUGAGGAAGCCAUUGCCUAAUGGUACAUAUAGAUGACAGUUGCAGAAUGGGUUAAUGCAAUUAGGUUCACAAGGGUAGUGAAAAUUCUUUGGACUCUCUUUAAAUGGUUUUAGGUUUUCCCGUCUUUCUUUAUUUGACUCUAAUGGUAAAUGUGUUGGCUGCUUUGGCUUCCUUGUAUAUUAAGUAUUUAACCCCCCCCCCCCCCCCCCCC